AUGGCAUGGUUCACAAUCAUCCUUCAGGCUUUUGGCUUUACAUCCAAACUACUAGGAUCGUUCGCGGCUUGGAUUCAGAGCUUGAUCGGUAAUGUUGUCACUGGAAGCCUCUUUGCAACUCUCCAGAGUGCUGCCAUGGGUGGUUUUGGAGUUGGGAUCUUGGUAAAAGCAGUCAGCAUGAUUUUUGCCUUUGUUUGUUAUGUCUUUGGGCGCUUGGCGUACUCAGCUUUCGGUCAACCGUAG